UCAGAAGCCAUCCAUGCCAUUUUGGUUUACAGCCAAAGUGCAGAAGAACUUCUGAAACGCAGAAAAGUCUAUCGAGAAAUAAUUUUUAAGUAUUUGGCAGCACAAGGAAUUUCAGUGCCUCCUUCCUCUGAGAAACGUCUACUUGUUGAUCGUGUAAAGCAGUACUGGAGCGGGCAGCUCACAACAUGUGCCUCAGAGCCAGGGGAGAGUAAACCACACGCAGAGAGUCAUGGACAGAGACAAAAGUCACCACAAGAUGACAUUCAUGAUCUAGGAGAAGAAUUCUGUCAAUGGUUCUUUGAACUCCUGAAUUCUCAACAUCCCUUGGGAGUAAAAUCUGAAGAAAGAUGGGGACCACAGCAUUUUUGGGAGGAUGCCAGAAUGAAGUUCUGUUACAACACAUUAGAAAAAAACACAGAAGAAUAUGUUGGUGCAGAAAUGGUGAGCCUUCGCCUGCUCUCCUUGGUUAAAGAAGAAUAUCUUCUCUUCAACCCUAAUUUGCAUGCCAAUGGACUGAAAUGUGCCAUGUCUCGACAUGGGUUAGUACUGGUAGCAGUGGCUGGCACUGUACAUAGAGACCACACUUGUUUGGGCAUCUUUGAGCAAAUUUUUGGACUCAUUAGCUGUCCCCUUAGGGAGAAUACCUGGAAAAUAAAAGUUUUGAAUCUUAAAAUAGUUGGACAGAAUGCUCUGGAGCCUGGGAUGCAAAUUGAAAAACCUUCCAUAAAAUAUGACUCAAACCAACUGCAAGAGUUUUAUGAUGGGAAAGAACUGUCCGUGUUUGAACCUCAUAAAUUCUGAGCAAUUCUUUCACAACGGAGUGACUGGGGUGGGACACGCACACACGACAUACAGCACUUGUAGUGCAUAGUUGAAUGUUGAAAUGGCUGCAGCCAUGUGAUGUCUCUUUUUUGAGUCCUCCAUUUGUUGGAUGACAAACUGAGAUACAGAGUCUAAAGUAUUAAUACAGGUGAUGCUUUUGGGCACCUUUCCAGAGCUAACAAAUAUUUCAGAGUAUUACUUUAGAUUUUGUACUGCAGUUAGGAAUGGAGUUAGUUUAGUUAUUCUUGGUUACAAAACACAGUUACAUUUACAUAUGGGUUGCAGCAGUAUGUAAUGAACUAGGUGACAAGGGGUUCACAAUCUGCAGGUUGCUCCUCUUCAGGUCACCAGUUUAAAGUCUUAUCUGAGUUGUAAGAGAAAGUCAUUGCUUCUGGCUUUUUGAAACUGGGACUGGUGAGUGUCUAAAUGGACAUCCAAGUCCCAAGAAAACCAUCUGCCGCUUUAGGAGUUUUUGGAGAGAACAGGCAAAAUAACAUGAAUGCUGCCGUUUAUGUUCUAAAUGUGGUUACUGAACCCCAGAAGUCGUUUAAUGGGACAAUGCAGGGAACUUGGCAUUGCUGAAGACUUCUUGGGUUAAUAGCUUCCUUUCCUUUUACUUUAUGGUUCCAACUCUGUAAUGAAUAAUCUGUUGUUCGAUCUGUGUCCCCAAGCAGACAAAUUUCAGAUGGUUGCCCAGGUAUCCGUUUCUAGCACUGACUCUCUUGGAUCAAGUAGUUAAUUUCAUGACUUAGAGCAGCACUAUAUGAACCAAAUGCUUUGAUAAUUAUUUUGUAUGUACUUACAACAGAGUUUUUAAUAUAAUGGUUGUGAUUUUGGUAUGUUUCCUCAAAAUAAGAGUUUUAUCCACUCUGAGAUGCUUUACUACAUUGACUAGAAGUCAAUUUGUUGACACUGGGGAGUUACAACUACAGGUGGUGUUAAAUACAUAAUCCAAUUACUACUUAAUAACUGAAAUUAUUGCCAUUGCAGAACUUGAAUUUUUUUACUUUUUUUUUUUUUUUUAAAAUUUAUAAGGGUUUAGAGGUGAAACGAGAUGAAAACUUUUUCUGCAGCUUGCUUGGAUUGUUUUCGAGUUUUGUUUUAAUUUUAUAGCUUCACCAGUACAAGUUGUGAAAAUGGAAACAUUCCCCGUAACAUGGGAACAGUUCUUUUAGUUUUGAUAUGUUUGUCAAAGAUGACAAAUGGGAAAAUUAUGAGUGGGUGAGGGGAAACAAGAUUUGGGUAUGCACAGAACUGAUUUUUAUGAACAGUCUGAAUCUCGAGUUCUCUUUAAAAAUUUCUAAAAUAAUUUAUUUUCUAAGCAAAAGUGCGUUGGAAUGUUCUUUCGCAAUAAACAGUUGAGUUGUGGCUUCUUCAGCUACUGAUGUAUAAUAAAUAAAAAUCAAGCCGAAUGUAAAAUUUGGAAGAAGCAGUUUCCUCCUAUGUGUUGAGAAUUGCAUUCCUUUUGAGGUGAGGACAAAAGCCUACCUAAGGGCCUAAAUGGGUACCUUUUCAACAUUCAGUAUGACAGUCUGUAAUUCAACUAGAUAUUUUGCUGUUUGCAGAACUGUACUUUGUGACUGGCAGCAUAGCUGUUACUUUAGUCAGUGUGUUAAAUAUGAACAUGACUAUGGGUGUAGUUUUCAUUACUGCUUUAAGCUGAUGAGGUGCGGGAGGUCCCCUACCUCCACUCAGAGGGGGAUGUCCUUGCUUCCUUCUUGUGUCAGCAUUAAUGCUUGUGCCAACUCUGAGCAAGAGGGAGUGAGGACUGAUCCCAGUGAAAACUCCCUCAUUAUCAGAAGCCCUUCAAGCUGAUCGGCUCUAUAAGAAGGCUGGCCAUACAAGUGCUAGUGUCAGCUUGAGGAACUUGAGUAACAGAGAACUUGAGGAACAAUUUGCUUUUUUUGGUGAUGAUCUGAAUUUCUGUGGGAUUAAGCAAGUGAUCAAAUAGCAGCCUUUGUUAAUUCUUACAUUCCGAAUGUUUAUGCUCGAUAGCUUCAAAAUAGUUGAAUGUAAGGAGCAUUGUGGUAAAUCAGCUUUUCACUAAGGCCAGUAGCUAAUGAACUUGUUCUUACUCCUUCAGUUCUCCUACACAAAGUAUGCAAGAAAAUGUUAAAUUGUCACAGGCUUGUGACCUCUCUGGAAUUCCUUGUUCUGGUGCAGCGUGGAGUAGGUGCUGUAUGAUUUACCGAUGACCUGUUGGUGCAGUUGCUGCUCUUGCAUUGUUGAUCAGGCUGUUAAGAAUCUGCAUACAUUAGUCCGUGCUCAUUAGCUGCAGAAUGAUAACUGAUUUUUGCAGCAGCUAAUUUUGGCGUGUGCUUAUGGGUUGCUUCAAACUGAGUUACCAAAGGGCAGCUGGUAGCAGCAGCUGAUGAGCAGCUGAUGGCUGCUGAUGGGCAGUACAGUAUCUACGUACAGUAUCUGUUCUUUACAGUCUCACCACCUACCUGAACAUUUGGUAGGCACUGACAGUCAGCUGAUGCUGAGUAACUCUGGGUUUGCAGUUAUUAACCGGUACGACUUUCUAUCUUGUGAUACACCUUCCUCUUUUAAUCCCAGGCCUGCAUUCUCUCUUUCAAAAGCAUACUCGUCCCUUCUAACUGCAUUUCACUUCCACUUGGAAAAAAGGAUUCCAGUUUUAUAAUGGUUCUGCAGGCUCUGCAUCUUGCAAGGAGGCAGAACGGGGUUUUGAAAGUUGCCGCCUGACCAGUCAGCACCAGUUGACCUGUUUUGCAGUCAGGCUGUAGGGGACGCAGAGAGGUGGUGGUGCCUCUGCCCGUUGACAUUUUGUGCAUGUUCAUUUUGUGCCACGCGAGAGUUGUGAGAUCGUAGCUGCAGUACUGCACCACAGGAUAUCACAGAUAUUUUUCCGGUGUUCUGAUUGUUGUUUAUAAUAUGUAUCCUUACAGGGAGUUCAGAAUUCAAUUUUCAAAUCAUUGUUACAUUCAGAAUUUUUUUUUUUAAGAGUAGAAAAACUCUAACUGCAGGGUAAAUUUGAGAAGUUACUUUUAGCUUAACCUUGACUUUAAGGAAAAAGUUAAGACUUGUGUAAAUGGCGUACAGCCAAAAAACUUGAAAUAUUUAUGGAAGUGAGUUCAUCACUCCCUCUAGAUGCUGUUAUUCAGAGCUGAGGUAACUUCUAGUUGGUUUACCUUUGGAAAUAAUGGACAUUUUAGUUGCCUUUAGGAGAUUAAAAAAAAAAAUAAAACUUCUUCAGAACAGUUUUCAUCAAUUUCCUCUGUAUCACUAUUUAGUCAAGGUUCAAGACAAGGAUUUUCAGUUGCAAUUUCUUAUGUCUAUCACUAGUACUUAAGCUGAAAUGCUAAAUUUAUAUUUUGUAGAUCUAUCUCUGGAAAGUAAUUUGUCAGUAAACAAAAUACUGACUUGGGCCAAAGCAGGCAGAACUUUCUGAAUUGUAUAAAUGUUGAACAGUGGAAAUCAUGGCCCUCUCUUACAAUCAGCCACACUAGAUGGAUUUAAUUCUUUUGGCUCUGAAGUAGGAAGCUUGAAUGUCUUAAAGCAAUAUAGAAGCAGAGCCUCUGUGAUCAUGCAGGCCACCUAACUUACUGCAGGCUAUGCUGUAUUGCUUUGGCUGUGCUUACUCUCCUUAUGCAGAAGAAGAAAAGUAAUUACAAGGAGACCUUACACAGAGCAUUAAAUGAGUUCUGACUUGUGUCUGUGUCCUGGUUUCGCUGGGACAGAGUUAAUUUUCUUCCUAGUAGCUGGCACAGCGCUGCGGUUUGGAUUUAG